CCUCGUGAUUGUCUGUCUAUUGUGCCCGAGCACGAGAGCUUCCGAACAUAAAUGAUCUGUUGGGGUAGUCCUGGUUUCAAGGACUGUAGUCUGGACCAGAAAUAUCCGGCCACACCUUCCAUAUAUGAUAACGACCAACACCCACGACACCGUCCCCUUGAGCUUGAGGUGAAGCGAAUCCGAAGCCAUUCCAGAUGACAUGUGUUGUGUUGACCUAUGCCACAAGGUAACGAUCAUCAUCAUCUUCGUCGCGUGCUUUGCUUCUGCUAUUCCAGGUGUCGGUACCUCAAACUCGAGCCCGUGGACAAGCCGGCCACUCGGCCCGCGCUUCCCACGAAACGGUAGGAAGAUGAUCACGACUUGUUGUCGUAAACGCAGCAUUCGAAUCUGACCAUCGC